CAUACGUGACAAAUCUCACUGAGGUGCCGGUGAAUUUGCCAAAAGAAAUUCAUGACAUCAUGGCUCGCGCAAAUCGAUGCCGAAGUGAGGGACAGACCAAUAUGAACGAGCAUUCAUCCAGGUCGCACAUGGUUCUGUAUAUUGUGGUUCGAACAACGAAUAAACAGACGAGAAUGCAGAGCUUUGGAAAGCUUUCUUUGGUUGACUUGGCCGGGAGCGAACGACUUGAAAAGAGUGGUGCGGAGGGGCAACAGAUGAAGGAAGCAGUUUCCAUCAAUAAAUCCUUGUCCGCAUUAGGAGACGUCAUCUCUGGGCUUGCACAGAACAACAAGCACGUUCCUUUUCGGAACUCUGUUUUGACGUUCCUUCUGCAGGAUUCCAUGUCCGGACAGGCGAAGGUUCUCAUGUUUGUGUGUGUCAGUCCUGCAAGCUACAAUUGCAGUGAAAGCAACAGUUCCCUGCAGUUUGCGUCCCGUGCCCGUGGCGUAGCGUUUGGACAAAUCAAAAAGAACACCGUGGUAGCGACUUGA